UAGUCGCCCAGAUUGCGGUAACUGUUGGUAACGGAACAAUGAGCUGUAGGGCUGGGUUGGGUGGAUGGGAGGUGCUGCUGGCCUCCCUGGUGCCCUGAUGGCCUGGGGCCCGAACCAUCCUUCCCGCAUCUCCCGACACUCUACCAGCGUAGUCAGGUCUCCGGAAGUUGCUCUCGAGAUCAGCCGCAGGGUAGUUGAAGAUGAACUAAAGAUAUGUGGCUUCAAGAGGGAUGCUGAUGUCUCUGAGCUGUUCCUUUCUCAAAAGGAUCUGACAGAGGUCAUCGAUCUAUCUAGGUUUAAAAAAUUAAAAUAUUUAUGGGUACAGCACAACAAGCUCCAGGGAAUAACAUUUCUAACUAGAAACUACUGUCUGACAGAACUAUAUCUAAACAACAAUGCCAUAUUUGACUUAGAAGGCCUGCACUCUCUGCCCUCGUUGUACUUACUCUUGCUGCACCACAACGAGCUGACCAAUAUUGACGCCACAGUGAGGGAAUUGAAGGGGAUGCGAAACCUGAAGAUCCUAACUCUCCACCAAAACCCUUUGUGCCAAUAUAACCUGUACCGUUUGUAUAUAAUCUACCACCUUCCAGAAGUACAAUUUCUUGACCGAAAACAAGUUACAGCAGAAGAAAGAAGAACAAUGAUUACCAUUUUUAACCAUGAAAGGACUCAUGUUGUUCAAUCAAUAGCAUUCAGAGGAAGAGUAGAUGCCUCGUGGAAUCCUAGAGCACCAUUUAAGCAAAAACCAGCCCAGAGAGUCCCUCCAGAUUUUGCAUUUGCGAAUAAUGUAGACAAAACUGUGUUCAAUGACCCAGAAGAUGCUGUGUUUGUAAGGUCCAUGAAGAGAUCAGCUAUGGCUAUUACAUCCUUGAACUGGGACACAGUUCCAACACGAGAGGAAAAAUACCUCGACGAGAAAGGCAGAGAACCUGCUCAAAUGCUCACAGUGACACUGAGAUAA